GUGGACUGGGGACUUAAGACUCGGGAAUACAUGUUUGUAAAGUCGUCUGUACCUCUCUGGUUCGUUUCCAGUUGAGUGGCGAGUUGCGAGUUGCGAGUUGCGAGUUGCGAGACCUACUCCCCUUCCGGACACUCUCAAUCCUUAUUCUGGCCGUCAAUGGCGGCUUCAAUUCCCUCCCCCAAAGCCUCAACACUGAGACACGCAUUCGGAAAUGUUCUAUCCUUCUUCAUUCUCAUCUUGAUUGGCGUUCUCGCAUUCUCAAUUCGGCUCUUCUCUGUGAUAAAGUACGAGAGUGUUAUUCACGAAUUUGAUCCUUAUUUUAAUUACAGAGUUACCCAGUAUCUUUCAAAGAAGGGAAUUUAUGAAUUUUGGAACUGGUUUGAUGAUCGGACCUGGUAUCCUCUAGGGCGAGUAAUUGGUGGAACCGUUUAUCCGGGUCUCACAUUAACUGCAGGCACAUUAUGGCGGGUAUUAAAUGCCUUGAACAUUCCUUUAUCCGUGGAAACUGUUUGUGUAUUUACUGCACCCAUAUUCUCUGCUUUUGCUUCAUGGGCAACUUACUUGUUAACAAAGGAAGUUAAAGGCGCUGGUGCUGGACUGACAGCUGCAGCUCUUUUGGCCAUGGUUCCAUCAUACAUAUCGCGGUCUGUGGCCGGCAGCUAUGACAAUGAAGCUGUAGCUAUAUUUGCUCUGAUCUUCACUUUCUAUCUUUAUAUUAAGACAUUGAAUACUGGAUCCCUUUUCUAUGCCACUUUAAAUGCCGUUGCAUAUUUCUACAUGGUUUGCUCUUGGGGAGGUUACACAUUCAUUAUUAAUCUUAUUCCAAUGCAUGCACUCUUGUGCAUUGUAACUGGGCGCUAUUCUCCUCGAUUGUACAUUGCAUAUGCUCCUCUUGUUGUCUUAGGAACAUUGUUGGCUGCACUGGUGCCUGUUGUUGGAUUUAAUGCGGUGAUGACAUCAGAACAUUUUGCAUCAUUUUUGGUUUUCAUCAUUAUCCAUGUGGUGGCUCUUGUUUAUUAUAUCAAAGGAAUUCUCUCCCAGAAAAUGUUUAAAGUAGCUGUGACUCUUGUAGUAUCUAUUGGGCUGGCAGUUUGCUGUGCAGUCAUUGCGGUUCUCAUAGCUCUUGUAGCUUCCAGCCCAACCAAGGGGUGGAGUGGGCGUAGUUUGAGUCUUCUAGAUCCAACUUAUGCAAGCAAGUACAUACCGAUAAUUGCUAGUGUUAGUGAGCAUCAACCACCUACUUGGCCUUCUUACUUUAUGGACAUCAACGUUUUGGCAUUCUUGGUUCCAGCUGGUAUCAUUGCAUGCUUUUCACCGUUAUCUGAUGCUAGCUCAUUUGUAAUCCUCUACAUUGCUACAGCAGUGUACUUUUCUGGAGUUAUGGUGCGUCUUAUGCUUGUACUUGCUCCGGCAGCAUGCAUUAUGUCCGGAAUUGCACUUUCUCAAGCCUUUGAAGUUUUUACACGUUCUAUUAAGUUUCAGUUACCUGGAGAAGCGCUGAAUACGCAAGAA